AUGGCCGCUCAUGGCUCUGUAAGUAGCCGUCUUUCUCAGAGUCUUACGGAGGAAGAUAUCCCCGGAGCAUCGCUUCAGGGAAGAAAUCCGACUGCUCAUAAAACAGAUGAACUUCGCUUUUGGUUAAAAUGUCGUGGCGAUCCAGCAAAGGGGUUAAAAACAAAGGCACAAUUGUCGAAAAGGUAAGUACAGUAUUUGUCAGUCGUUCGUGAUACUUUUUAGAAUUAAAAGAGACUUUGAUAUUGUAAAUGGAGAUCAAAAGAUUUAGGAGUUAUUUUUCUCGAUGAAAUGUUUCAAAAAUGUAAUGAUUAAUAGUUUUUCUACUUUUCAUUUUGAAGAGUUCUUGAAUAUGUUGCGUCUGGUCGUGAUAAAGAUGUUGUGGAUCCCGAUAAAAAUCUGAUAUACACGCGUCGAAAGGCGAGACAAGAACAACUCGCUCAAAGUGAUGCGAUGCCUGAGGAAAGUACUGUUAAAUUUCCAUCAGCCGGAUGGUCUACAAGUUUGCAACGAAUGCCAUUAUUCACAAGGACAGAGAUGGAUUUACAUAUUUCUAAAUCUGGAAAAAACUUUGACAGAAAUAAACAGAACCAUGCUGUUCCAACAAGCAUGAAAAAGGCAAAAACAUUUCUUGAUGAUGAAUACCUGAAAGACUUUACUUGCGCAAGUGAUGACCAAUAUUUCUAUUUCAAAUGCUUGUGUUACCAUAGCUUUAAAAAAAUGAUCCACCCCACAAAUUACAAGUUGCACUUUGUUUAGUGAGUGGAGUUGUUAAAUAUGCUUCGUGUACAUGUGUAGCAGGAUCUGUUGGUUUUUGCAAUCAUGUGCUUGCUGUUAUUAUGAAACUCUGUAAGUUCAGCUUGUAUUGUUGUCAAGAUAUUAAGGACUUGGAAAAUGAAUCUGAUAUGACACAAGCUAAGGCAUGCACUACAAGUUUACAACUAUGGCACAGGCCUGUAAGAGGAGAUAAAAUCAAGCCCCAACCUGUCAUGGAACUUGAGGUAAAAAAGUCAAAUAUAGACACAGAGUAUAACCCUGAUAGUGGAGUAAGGUGCUUGUUGUAUGAAGCUAGGAAAAAUUUGGGUACACAAGCAUCUGAUGAAGCUUUGUUAAAAAACAAGCUUCAAGAGAUCAACCCCAAGUUUGCCUUGUCUCAAAUUAUGUCUACUGGUGGUACCAACUUACAGGAAACAAAAUUUGGAAAAUGUCCAAGUGGCUCAUAUGCAAGUUACCAGUUACAGUUCACAGAGUCUAAUUUUCAAGUUUUCUGUAAUAUUGACUCAGUGCCUAGAGUGGACUGUAAUGAUGAACAAAAUGCUAUUUCUGUAUAUCCUCCAUUCCCUUUGCAACAAUCUGAGCAGUAUGAAAAGCCAGAUGAUUUAAGCAGCAACCAGGAAGCACUCCUGGAUCAUUUGAUUGUUGAUGAGGCAAAGCUUAAUACCAUAGAGAAGAAAACAAGUGAACAAGCUGCCUCACAGGAAUGGCAGGCUGAAAGGAAAUUUCAGUAUACAGCAUCUAAUUUCCACACAAUUGUAAAAGGGCAAAGGAAUCAUAACACUCUAGUAAAUAAUCUGCUUCAUCCCAAACCAUUCACUGCCAAACAAACUGCACAUGGGAAAACCUAUGAGCCUGUAGCCUUUAGAUAA